ACCUUUGAUGGAGACUUGAGGGGUGUGGUCUAGACAACCCAGGCCCCGCCCAAGAACGCUGCCCAAAACCCCGCCCUGACGCACACGCCUAGACGCGGCUAUCCUUCGCCUUUGUUGUCACCAGCUAGUGGUUCCUAAUUGGCUCUGUAACCACUCCGCCGACUUUGCUCUGUUGGAACUAGUUCAAGACUGCAUUUAUAAUUACAACAGGACGAACUUUCCUUGACUAAUAAAGUGAACGGCAGAGCGGGGCGCCGUGACGCACGCCUGUAAUCCCAGUACCCCGGUGGGGCUAAGGCAGGAGGACCGCAAGUUUAAAGCCAGUCUCAGCAAUUUAGUGAGGCCCUAAGCAACUUAGCAAGACUGUCUCAAAAAGGGCUGGGGAAGUGUCUCAGUGGUUAAGCUCCUCUGGGUUCAAUCCCCAGAACCAAAGAAGAAGAAGAAGAAAAAAAAAAAGUGAACGUUGAGAAAUGGGUUUUUAUUUUGUUUUGGUUUUUUUUUGUGUGUUUUUUUUUUCUUUGUUUAAAAUAGCAACAUAAAAGAAAAAGAAAGGAAAGGAAAGGGAGAAAAACAAAAAAAAAAAAAAAAAAAAAAAGGAAAAGAAAAACUCCUUUACUCUUUCCAGAGAUCACCAUUGCUAACUUUCUGGGUAGUGUACUUCCAGUAUUCUCUAAGAAGAUAAACACACCUAAUUUCACUUCACCAUCCAAAGAUGAUCACAUCAAUGCUAUUGCAUUCUUGUAAUUUUUUUUUUUGUAUACCAGUGCCUAUGAACAUUUUUCAUGUUAUUAACUAUUUUGAUUUUUUAAAAAUUGCCUAUUGUCCUUUACUUAUUUUUCUAAGAAGAGACAUUUCCUUAGUAAAGCUCUAAACAAGAAAAUGAACAUAUAUGUCAUGAUAAUGGCUUAAUUUGAGAAAGCAUUAGCCUCUGUGUCUCUCUGGAGCUCCGUCCAAAGUAACAAGUUUUACAUUUAUAACAAUUUUUUUGCUCUUUGGGUCCAGAAAGCCUUUCCUUACCCAUGAUUAUGUCACUAGUUACCAUGAUGACAAACAGUUUUCAUUGUAAUGUGACUCUUUUGAUUUAUUUUUCACUAUGGAAAUCAUGGUAUUUGUGUCCAGUCUUUGAGAUUGGUAAUGUCAUUUGUGUUUUACAGAUAAGGAAACUGAGUGUCAGAGAGGGGAGGAGUAGUGAAUCUGGGAUUAGUCCCUGCAACUCAGGGCCUACAUCUAGGCCUCCUCUGAUCCUCUUAGUCCUCUUAGGGGAAGAGAAGGUAGAGUAGAACUUGAGAAUAACAAAUAAUACCUCAUGGAGCCUUGUAGGUAUUGGAGGACUCAAAAAGCCCUUCAACCAAGCUCUUGACAUACAGACUGUUGUGUUCAAUCAUACUAAUUAUUGAAUUAGCAGACCUCAACUAACUACCGUUCUCCACUGGGAAGCUGAUCCUGGAAAGGCCAGAAGUCCUGAGGUUGUAAAAGUGGAAGAUAGCAUUGAUUAAGCACCUCCUGGGUGCCAGGCACUGGACAGGGCUGACUGUCUCAGUCCUUGCCCCAAAGGAGCACCAUUUGGUAGACAAGUAACAACAUGCAGUGGUAGACUCUGGCAUGGGGUUUGUGGUGAAUCUGUUGACCAGAAGGGGAAAGGAAAGGGAAUGUGGUAAUGUUAUAUAGGGCCUCUCUUAGGGUGUCAAGUGUGUUGUAUGAAGAUUUUAUGUAAUCCUGUACUCCCUAUGUGGAAGGAUGUUAGUCCUAUUUUCAAACAAGGAGUCUAUGCUCAGGUUGAAUCACACCCUCAAGAAACAGCACAGCCAGGAAUUGAAGCUGGCUAGGCCUGUAACUGAGAACUGGAACUUUUUCCUCUGUUCUCAGGAAGACUGCAGAAAAGGGCUCAGACGGACUCUGUGGUCUAUUACCUUGGGCAAGGGGAGCAGGCCCCUGGAAAGAAGAAAUAAGAGCAGGAAGCCGAGGGUUUUGCAACUAUCAGGGAGAAACUGAGGAAGGUGUGUUUGUACUGAGGUUGGAGGCCAUGGCUUUUGCCCUUAGACUCAUUUUGGGGCAGUUUAGGGUCACAGAUCCGAUUCCCCAGAUUCAGAGCCCCUGGCCAGAGAGCGAAAUCCACAGCCACUCGGGUCGCCAGUGACUAUGAAGGCAACAGAGCCAGGGGCAGUGGGAGUGGAAGAGGAGUCAGCGUGGCCCCGCCCCCAACUAUUGUGUCGUAAGAAGCAAGUGGGCAAAAGGAUCCUUGUUAACCAAUCAGGGGGCGGUAUUUAAAUAAUCGAGCAGGGAGCCCCCCCCCCCCAACACAAUCUAGCUCUCUGUGAGGUGGUCAAUUAGCGCGCACAGACCACACAAGCUAGCCGAGCAAGGUAGGACUCUGGUGAGCGGGUCGAUCAUAAGCCAGGGUGGGACGCCAGGAGGCCCCGGUUUAGGAGGAGAGAGGGUCAGACACAUCCCCACCCAGAGACCUCUGAGACAGGAUACGGCCGUCCCCAGAGAUCCCCACCCUUACGACUCCAAUUGGGGGCAGUCCGCGGACGCCUAGGGGGCUCUGAGCAGAGGAAGAGUUAUAAAGGACACGGAGUGUGGGGAGCGAGGUACCGGCGGACCCCAGGGCCACUGACAUAGUCAGGGAUGGACGGAAAGAAACUUGGACUCGUGGAAGCCUGGGCGCACCCUUGAGACCCUUACGCCAUUUUCCCGCGUCCUGCAGAGUGGAAUCUGUUGUGGAACUGAAGAGAGAAGGCGGACAGUGGGCUUGGCUGCUUGCAUUAUGGCCAGCUGUCGCCACCACUCAGGAUACCUGGCCGACGAUGAGGCUGGCCACAGCACGUACAUAGCACGGCCACCCAAGAAGCCACUGUUGCCAGAAAUGGGGUCAGCCUCCAAGCUGGGUCGUAUGCCCCACCCACCAUCAAUGGAUGGCAACUCAGCUUACCGGGGCCACCGCCAAACUGCUAAGGGCCCUCAGGCUUUUGGUAGCUUCUUGGAUUUCCUGACUGAGGGCCAGGUGUUAGACAGCCUACAGACAGUGGUGGAGGAGGCAACAGAGCGCAUGGCUGCUAUGAAGACAGAGGCUGGGGUGCCAUUGGUAGAGAUCCAGGACCCAAUUGAGGUGCCAAGUGGUAGGCGGCCACGUGUUCGACCCAGCUUCAGCACUGUGCACCGACACCGUGCUCAGCCCAGCCUCUGUACUGGACGCCCCAACAAUUACCCAUCUUGCUCCAGCUCCAUGUCUGACUCCCAUAGCAGCCUCACAGCUGGCUGUCUGGGCUCCCACAGCUGGAACAGUGACGUGGGUGCACAAGGCUUAGGCUCAGUGCCACCCACGAGGGACAAACUUCUACUGGAGAAAAACCUCAAGCGUCUACUGCGGUUGGAGAAGAAAGGGAAAGGCCUGAGUCAGCCCAGUUCCAAGAGGGAAUCCCUGCUAUGGGACUCACUGGGCAGCCAGGCCAGCAGCCAGCGGACCCGGGAGCAGCCAUUGUCUUGGUUCUCAGGGCUGCUGGGCUCCAGACCAGGCACUCCUGAAGCAUCAGAGAUGGGACCUGGAGAACGAGAGCUGUUUUUCCUCAAACGAGAAUUCAACAAGGAGAUGAAAUCUUUGCUGAGCCAGCCAGCAUCCUUUGACUUGCCUGGCUACUGUUCAGUCCGUCAGCCCCAUUGCACCCUGGACUUCCUGGCUAAGCACCACCUCUUUCCUGCUCUGCAGACUGUGGUCAGUCAGGCUGUGGACAAGCUCAGUUGUGCCCGCCGCCCAGAUGGCUGCCCUCUUUUUCCUGUCAACUGCGAUCCCAACCCAGCAUUGUCAUUUAACUUGCUACCACAAGACUCCAGGAUGGUCACACCCACUAGGAGAAGGGAGCACUAUGAUUCUUUCCUCAGUAGAGCCUCCAGCUCCAAGAUAACUCCCAGAAAAACCAAGGGCAAACGGGGCUCCCCCCCUGUGUCUAAUGCUCAGGUGGCCACCAAACUCAGGCUCAAGAGCCCCAGUGUCAAGUUCACGAAGAAGAAGUCGCUGCCUUCCAUCUCAUCCAAGUCCAGCAUGUCCCACCUCUCCAACCCCUGGUACGAGGAGCUCAUCAACUUCUUGGUUGAGCAGGCAGUCUCCUUGCUCAUCUGCAAGUACAAGUUUGAGAACAACCUCAAUAAGCAGCUUGGCUUCAUCUCCUUCCCAAUCACUGAGACACUCAUGGACCUUUUCCUGGGCUUCAAGAAAGUGAAGGGCUCCCAUAUCCGCCUGUCCUCGAAGACAGACUGGCGCUGCCUGUUGCACAAGCUGGAGGAGGACCAUUUGCUACAUCAGGUCUCAAGGCAGGCCUCGCGGCUGGGAGCCCACCAUCCCAGUAGCAUCUCCCAGGUUGGUGCUUCCCAGGUCAGUGCCUCCCACGUCAGCACCUCCCACCAUCGUGUUCCCCAUUUUGGCCCCUCAUGGCGUAGCACAGUGCCCCUCACCCCACAAUCUACCAUGCAUCCUGAGCCAGUAACUGACAGGACCAAGGCCCAGGCCCAGGCCCAUUCCCAGGCCCGGGCCCAGGCCCAGGCCCAUUCCCAGGCCCAGGCCCAGGCCAUAGAGCCUGACCCUUCCCUCAACAUUGAGCUGCCAAUCCUCCAGCUACACAGCACUCAGGAGCCUACUACAGAAGAGGGGAAGAUACCCACAAGCCUAUCAGAGCCCAAGCUGUCUGUGUCAUCCACCACCAGCAUGGGUUUCAGUCCUCCGGAGUCCAAGGAAAUGGUGAAUGUCGAGGACAUUGAUGGCAGUGACAAAGACAAGGAUAAGGACAGUGAUGAGGACAAGAAUGAGGUUAAGGGCACUGAUAGUGAUAAGGACAAGGACAAGGAUAAGGACAGUGAUGAGGACAAGUAUGAGGAUGAGGGCAGUGAUGAGGAUGAGUAUGAUGAUGAGGAUGAGGACGAGUAUGAGAAUGAGGGUAGUGAUGAGGAAAAGGAGGAGGAUGAAGGCAGUGAUGAGGAUGAGGAUGAGGUCGAGGAUGAGAAUGAGGAUGAGGUCGAGGAUGAGGAUGAGGGCAGUGAUGAGGACAAGGAGGAGGGUGAGCAGUAUUCUGUGUAUGACAGCGAGUUCCAGAGCUUCCCUGAGCCUGGAUUGGAGACAACCAUUAACUACUCUGUGGACAUGGGCCACAGUGACCCCCCAUGAUGUCCCCAUAAACCACACCAAGUGCUCCAUUCCCUGCUCCUGCUCUUUUGGAGUGACUUCCCACUCAAUUGGCCCCUGCUCUGAGCAGCGGUCAGGAUGGGAUGAGAAUACCCAUGAGAAUUUCUGCUGAUACUCUCAGGGAAGCCAAUGAGAGAAACAGAAAUAAAUAUGUUCAUUUCUCA